GCUAACCUAACUUGGGAUUCCUUGCACCCAUGCGCUCCCGUGCAGCCUUGGACAGAAACAUCUGGUUCAAAAAUACAACCCCAAGACACACAUUUACAAUGUGGAUAGCUCACCUAAACCGCCUUUUAAAAAAGUUUCGUCUAGAAAGUUGGGGCAUGCACUUUGAUAGUAAAUGCUGCUUUUGUAACACAUACAAAGAAAAUUGAGAUAGCUUCUUUUGCGAUGUUAAGUUAAUCAAAAAAAGUUUUAGGAUGUGGUGACUAAAUUAAAGGCUGGCAUAUACGUGGACAGUUUUAUAUAGAUUGGAUGUAAGAUUCAUGUACGAGGAUACUGCGCAGAUUAGUUUUCUCAAGCAACGGUUUACAUGAUCUGCAAAGAAAGAAAUAAUAGGUAGGGCUGAGCAUUUUAUCCGUUAAAUUUGAUUCAAUUUGUUAUUCGUUUCGAUUCAAUCCGAAAAUUCUGGAUAUCCGUAAACUUUCGAAACAAAGCAAAUACUAAAAAUCAAUAUCCGUUAAAAUCGAAGCAAAUCACAAAUAUUAAAAUUUUGAGAAGCGGAUAUCCGAUCCGAUCUGGCAAUAUAUAAAUACAUGUAUAUCUUGAUUAUAUUUAAAGUUUUUAAUGUAUAUUCUAACAUAUGAUUUGAUAAAUUCUAUUCACAUUAUUACUUAUAUAAAAGUAUAAGAUAAAAGGAAGAGAACACAUUCUGACAACUAUAAUUUUUUUUCUUAAAUUUUGUGUUAUUAUAAUUGUUAACUAAGUUCAAAAAAUUUACAAAAUAUGUAGAUUCACUACUUCUUUCAAUUUUUAUCAUAUAUAUCAUGCAAAAAAAUAUUUUACAAAACAAAUUUGUAUCAAAAUUUUAAGAUUAUUUGUAUUAAUCAAAACAUAUGAGAUAUCCAUAAGUAUUCGCAAAUAUCCGCAAAUAUCUAUUUAUUUUCCGGAUAUCCGUUUUUCCGAAGCAAAGCAAAUCGAAAAAUUAGAUAUCCGUGACAUACGAAGGAAAUCACAAAUACUUUCAAACCCCCGGAUAUCCGAUCCGUGCCCAGGCCUAACAAUAGGUUGCAUAACCACAUCACAUCAACACAUCCGCAAUUUUCAAAGCUAUUGACUGGCUCAUCCGAGCUGCAAUUUUGUCGAAAGAAAUCGAAAACAAUUAGUAGCCUGAUGCAAACUUGGCUCACGUAUACAUACCAUAUUCUCCCCAACCAAAGUUUAGAGGUUCUUCCCAGUUUUUUUAAAGGAACAACCUGCUGGUUAAUCUGUUUUGUAAAUUUAAAAACAAUCAAUUACUAUCGAAUUAAAUUCAAAUAUUUGUCAAAAAAGAAAAAACAUAUGUCAGAAUAAUAUUUGAUCAUAUGAGUUGACUUUAUGAAUAAUUAGAAACAUCGGUUAUACUCGAAGAAACAAAUUAACUUAUUGUAACUUGGAAGACAUCACGUUUUCCUCUUUAAUGAAAAUACUUAUUAUUCACCGCAUACUCGAAAAUCUCAUUCUGAAAUUUGGUCGGUUCAGUUUCCAUAUCGCUAAAGUAAAAGGGUCCGUUUGGAAGAAAUCAACAUCGAUCAAAACAUAUUUUACCGUUAUCACUCCGAGAUCGGUUUACUUUUAUUAUUCUUUUGGUAUAGAAAAGGCCCUUUAAUUUUUGCCAUUGCUAACGUGGAAAAAUGGUCCCAAAAGAAGAAAAUGUCCAAUGUAAAUGACACUGAAAUGGGGCCAUCGGAAAAAAAAAAUAGUUUGUGAACUUUUGUGGUGUGUAGAUGCGGUGCUGUGUCCGUCCACAAAUAUAUUACUGGUCACAUUGAUUUGAUAUAUCCAAAACGAUUUUAAAUCGGGGCAUGCAAGUACGUGUUAUAACCAAAAAACCUAAAGUGGUGCAUGCAUUUUUUGUUUAUUACAGAAUAGGAAAUUAGUUCCCGAUUGGUUGGAACACCAAAUCAUUUUAAUUAUUUAAUCGCUUUGCUCGCAUCCCUAACAAAGAUAUUUCCCAUGCAUCCCAUGUGUAUCUUUCCCCUCUUAUUUAUGGUUUAUCGUAUAAGAUGAAACUCUUUCUCCUAAGUUAGUUUCUGUCAUUUAUAGUUUAUUUACUACAAAUAACUUAUUUUCUGUGAGAACAAUAAGCAGCUAAAGCUUUUUAUCACUAGUGAUCGAGUCGCAACUCCCACGUGAGUAACAUUUGAAACGAUGUAGUAAUGUGAAAUGCUUAAAGUAUAUAGAGUUAAAACAUUCUUUCAGAAACCACGAAGGUUAUAAGUACAAUUUAAAGAAAAUAAUUGAUACCGUAAAACAGCUAAGAGGCUUUCUGAAUAAAUGAGUAUAUAUAGGUUAUUAAUAGCACGAGAUUUAUAAUAUAAAUAAAACAUGCAUGUGCUGUGAAAUUUAAAUAGUAAGUACUCACGUCGCACUUAUUUUAUUCCUUGUUCUGUCCGAACAACACAUCACUCAUAAGUCCUAUGUUUAAUUGGACUUGUUCUAUAACCCAUGAUAUAUGCAAAUACGUUAAAUUUCAUUGCGAAAGUUCGCAUAUCAAUUGUCUGAAAAUUCGUAAGUUUUAACAAUGGCGCAUGUGCUCGAUUUGACACAUAUAAUGUUGUGAGCAAUCGAAAAACAAACAAAAAUGUAUAAACAAAUUAGUGGUUACAACAUGGUCUUAGUCAAUCUUAUAUAUAGUUCAUACGUUAGAACUACAAAUAUUUAAGUUACAAAAAAAAACUACAAAUAUUUGAGUUUACGAGAUGCCUUUGUCAUAUCCAAAACGAUGUGAUUUUUUUUAUCGAUAAAUGAUUGUGUGUUUUGAUGAUAAUAAGACAGUAUUUUCUUGGUACCUGUGAACCAAAAAGGCGCUCUCAUCUCCGAAUGUAUUGGCAAGAACUCUAUCUUUGACGUUUACACUGUUAUUUGCAUGAGUUACACAUCCACCCUUAGUGGGAUCUAGGCUCUAUUAGAAAAAGCCAAGAGUAAUGGUGAAGGUGGUGGGUGCAUACGUGCGUACUUUCUUUCAGCAUUCAUCUAUAGACAAAUUUGGCGGCGAAUGGCUAAAGCCACAACCAGCCAAUAUGAGCUGAGCCGAGUCGGUGAUAGUUCCUUACGUGUCAAAGCCAUUAUGAGAAGUAUCCAUGGAAAACUCCCACGUGUCCACUUCAGUCAAAUCAUGUUAGGAAGCGACGGUCAGAUAUUUCUCUCGAUCCACACUCCUUUCUCUCCUCGUCUCAACCGUCCACUGUUCUCGUAUGUUGUAUCUCACUAUCAUACAAUUACUUUUUUUAUCAACCAAAUACCCGUUAAAUUCAUGUGAAUUUUUUCGUAUACUACAUUUAAAAUCCAAUACGUGGGUUACGGUUUGAAAAAAAAAAAGAAUACGUGGGUUAGGAUUAGUCACAAUUAAAAACUAAUAACGUAGAACACUUUCGUUGAUAAUUUUAUCUGGAACACUUUGAUUUCAUAUUCUUCUUUUGGGUACAUAUUGUGAAUGACUCUUGAUCAUUUUAUCUGGAACACUUUGAUUUUUACAUUCUUUAUUUGGGUGCAUAUUGCUAGUUAAGUGAAAGACAGAGCUUACUUGUACCACAAAAACUAAUAACGUAGAACACUUUCGUUGAUAAUUGUAUCUGGAACACUUUGAUUUCAUAUUCUUCUUUUGGGUACAUAUUGUUAUCUAAGUGAACGACUCUUGAUCAUUUUAUCUGGAACACUUUGAUUUUUACAUUCUUUAUUUGGGUGCAUAUUGCUAGUUAAGUGAAAGACAGAGCUUACUUGUACCACAAAAAUGUGAAAGAUUGUUCUCAUUCUUCAUUAAAUACACAUAACACAUCUAUCUUUUGCUUUCUAUUUUGGUGUAUUUAUUGCUUUUACAUACACAAUACUACUUUUUUUUUGUCGUUACACAAUACUACUUUAUAUAGACCAAUGUGUAUGUCUCCAUUAAAUAUACAAUUUAUAUUACAUUAUGUAACGAUAUAAAUAAUAUGCUUAUAUAAGCACAGUCCACAAAUUUCAGAGUCAGGUCCUUUCCUUUUCAAAGAUCUCUCUAACUCCACUAUAAAUCCCAAGCUCUCUCACUUCUUUGAUCACCACUAUAAAAGGAACUACCUCAUCUCUCUCUCUCUUCCAUCAUCUUCUUAAAUAUUGUCUUCAAGAGAACCAGAGAGACUCACUCUUUUACAACUCUCUUAUUAAUCAAAAUAUCCAUAAUCUUUAAAAGCACACACUCUUUUCCCAAUAAUGAGACUCUCUCUUUCUCCCGCACGUCCGUACAGUGUAGUACCCUCACUACCAAACCACGACGUUGUUUCUCACGUAAAUGUUACCAUGUCGUGGAACCGUAAGUGCAGAUGCGUGCUUACUCUUUCUUCUCCUACAAUAUCUACUUCCCGGUCACCGGUUAUACCCAAACCAGAAAUGUGGGAGGGUUUGCUUCUAAACCAAGAUCAUAGUUCCGGUGAAUUGUCGUCCUAUGGUUCGAACAACCCGGUUAAGCUAAACCGGAGAUGGAAGGAGUACCAGGGGCUUCAGAAUUGGGAAGGUCUUUUAGACCCAUUGGAUGAUAAUCUCCGAGGGGAGAUUCUCCGGUACGGUCAGUUCGUGGAAUCGGCUUACCAGUCCUUCGAUUUCGAUCCUUCGUCACCAACCUACGCAACGUGCCGGUUCCCGAGGAACACGUUGUUAGACCAAUCCGGUUUACCUAACUCCGGUUAUCGGGUGACGAAGAACCUCCGUGCCACGUCAGGUAUUAACUUACCACGUUGGAUUGAGAAAGCGCCUAGCUGGAUGGCUACACAGUCCAGCUGGAUUGGUUACGUGGCAGUAUGUCAGGACAAAGAUGAGAUCUCACGGCUCGGUCGUCGAGACGUAGUCAUCUCCUUCCGUGGCACCGCCACGUGUCUCGAGUGGUUAGAGAAUCUCCGCGCCACGCUGACUCAUCUCCCUGAUGGGCCGAGUGGACCAAACCUAAACGGGUCUAACUCUGGGCCCAUGGUCGAGAGUGGAUUCUUAAGCUUGUACACAUCAGGGGCCCACAGUUUGAGAGACAUGGUAAGACAAGAGAUCUCGAGACUGCUCCAGUCUUACGGCGACGAGCCGUUGAGUUUAACGAUAACGGGGCACAGUCUCGGCGCUGCGAUCGCGACGUUAGCGGCGUACGAUAUCAAGACGACGUUUAAACGUGCGCCGAUGGUCACCGUUAUGUCUUUCGGAGGUCCACGUGUCGGAAACAGAUGCUUCAGGAGACUCCUUGAGAAGCAAGGCACCAAGGUGUUGAGGAUCGUUAACUCCGACGACGUCAUCACCAAAGUUCCAGGUGUCGUUUUAGAUAACCGAGAGAAAGAUAACGUGAAGAUGACGGUGUCAAUGCCGAGCUGGAUACAGAAACGAGUGGAGGAGACGCCGUGGGUUUACGCUGAGGUCGGCAAAGAGCUUCGGCUGAGCAGCCGUGACUCUCCGUACCUGAACGGCAUCAAUGUUGCCACGUGUCACGAGCUGAAGACGUAUCUACAUUUAGUAGAUGGGUUUGUUAGCUCCACGUGUCCAUUCAGAGAAACGGCUCGAAGAGUCCUCCAUAGAUGAAGAUCCAUUAGACAUUCGUAACCCUAUUUUAACUUUGUGCAGAAAAAAAAACCUUAAACCGAAAGAAAACCAAUAAUUAACAUUGUUACAUGCAUCGCUAACUCAGUGGUAGAAUUAGAACGUACGUACGUACGUAGAAAGACAGCUGUAAAAGAGGAAAAGUGUAAUGACGUUCGUAUAAACUCAAAUAGUGUGUAUAUAUGAAUUUUUAUUUAUUUUAAUAA